GAAAGAAAUGAUAGGUUAUUUUUCCAAUUUUUCCUCAGCAAACGCACUGUGAUCAUUUGAAGAGUAGACUUGAAUAAGGGGCUAAGUGCCAAAAAAAAAAACUUUCAGCAGACUCAAAAAACCGAUUCAUUCAACCAUUCAUGAAUAAAAAUGUUGGUAACUCGAAAAUUACUCGAAAAAUAAAAAAUCGUGCGCUGAAAACACUGAAAACAGUACAGGCAGGUGGCUGAAUGGAUUAUGAAAUUCAUGUUGAAAACAAUGAAAACGUAGUUUUCUUGAAUCUUCUUCCUAUAUUCAAGAGUCAGAAACCACAAAAUAACAAAAAUGGAUCUACAUCAACCAGUUGAAAUGGGCAAUAGGAGCCCAGACGAGCUCACUUCUGAAGAAAAAUACAGGUUAGAACAUCAAAGAUUGCAUGAACAACACAAGGGCCAUGAAGCUAUGCAUGCAGAAAUGGUAAUUGUUCUCAUAAUCACACUAAUAAUAGCUCAAUUUUGUCUGAUAGAAUGGAAAAAACGACAUUACCGAAGUUAUUCUUUGGUCACUUUACUAGGGAUGUGGUUAGUUCCUAUUGCACUAUGCCUUAGAAGCCACUGGUGGAGAUUUAUCUUUAUAUGGUUGCUUUUCUCAAUCAUAACAGGCCUUAUUGUCAGAAAAUCAUUACAAAAACCCAUUGAAAGGACAACUCCUAGAUUGGUUUAUAAAUGGUUCCUCUUACUGUACAAACUAAGCUAUGUGCUGGGUAUCAUAGGUUAUUUGAUUAUGAUGGUCACAUUUUUUGGAUUGAACCUGGUGGUCAACGCUAAAGCUAAUUCAUGGAUGGACUGUGGAUUAUUAUUUGUGUUCUAUGGCCUUUAUUAUGGGGUAUUAGGUAGAGAUGUUUCUGAAAUAUGUGCUGAUAAGAUGGCUGCUCACAUAGGGUAUUAUUCUCCAGAUGGUAUUAGUUCUAGAAGUUUAGAUCCCACAAUGUGUGGAGUAUGUGGAAACAAGCUUUUAGUCAGUGAACAUGAAGAAGGGGUCAUAGAAAAUUCUUACAAGUUGAGCUGUGAACAUAUAUUCCAUGAAUUUUGUAUAAGGGGAUGGUGCAUUGUCGGUAAAAAGCAAAUUUGCCCAUACUGCAAGGAGAAAGUAGAUCUAAAAAAAAUGUUCUCAAAUCCAUGGGAAAAGCCUCAUAUACUGUUUGGACAACUUCUAGAUUGGAUAAGGUGGCUAGUAGCAUGGCAACCAAUGGUACUAUUUUUGGUACAAGGUAUAAAUUGGCUCUUGGGAUUAGAGUGAAGUACUAGAAGGAGAAUUUGCAUUGUUUGUUAUAUAUUUCUUGUUAUUUUAACUUAUUUGUAAAUAAAAAUUCUGCCAAAGAUGAUUUUGAUCAAGGU